CUCAAGUCCUCUAAUCAACAAUACUGAACACACCAAACAACCCCCUCAAAAAUCCAAGAUGCAGUCCGGAAUAUCAGGUAAAUACUUCAUACUCCUCCCAAUAAAACCUCUGUCGAACACCCCCCAGCCUCCAAAGAUCUCCACACAGCCUUCCAAACCCUCGUCUCGACAGAAUCCCAACGAGGCCUCCUCAUAACCAUAGAAAAAGAAGCCAUCAUCCCCCUAACCACCAUCCCCUCCUCCCCCUCCUUCACAUCCGACCUCUCCCACCUCGUCCCCCACCUCACCCCCAAAAGUGCCCUGUACAUAAUCCUCCGACGCUACGAAUCCAGCUCCCCCGCUCCCUUCAUCGCCAUAACCUACGUCCCAGACGCCGCUCCCGUGCGGCAGAAGAUGCUCUUCGCAUCCACGCGUCUGACGCUCGUUCGCGAGCUGGGGAUCGAACGGUUCCGCGAGACGAUAGCUUGUACGCGCGAGGAGGAGCUGAGUGAGGAGGGGUUUAAGAAGCAUGAUAAGCAUAAUGCGCUGGCGGCGCCGUUGACGGAGGAGGAGGUGAGUCUGGGGGAGGUGAAGAGGGCGGAGGCGGAGGAGGGGAGGGGAAUGGCGGAGAGGAAGAGCCAUGUGAGUAGUGGGGUGAAUAUGGCGAUUAAUGAGGAGGCUCUGUCGGCGUUGAAGGCGUUGGCGAGUGGGGAGGGGGAAGAGGAUAAUUUGGUGCAGAUAGUACGUUUCUCUUUUCCAUUCCCUUUUCUUUUUUCUCUCUUCAAUUUCAUUUGUUUCGGGAUGUAUAAAAAAGAGAAAUUCCAACGAAAUCAGCAAAUCAACAUCCCAACCGAAACAAUGGAACUCGCCUCCACAUCCUCAACACCUAUCUCCGCCCUCCCAACCACCAUCUCCCCCACCGCCCCCCGCUUCUCCUUCUACCGCUUCACCCACCAACACAACGGCGAAACCGUCUUCCCCAUCCUCUUCAUCUACACCUGUCCCUCGGGCUCCAAGAUCAAGGAACGCAUGCUAUACGCAGCAUCCUCGCGCUCCGCCGUCCAAGUCGCCGAAGCCGAGGCCGGAUUGAAAAUCGAGAAGCGCGUUGAGGCUGGGAGUCCGGAAGAUGUGGAUGAGGAGAGUAUAUUGGGGGAUUUACAUCCGAAGGUUGAGGUGAAGAAGGCUUUUGAACGGCCGAAGAGGCCGGGAAGGAAAUGAGGUGUUUAGAUGAUGGGUGGUAUGAGGUUAUGGGGUUGUGAAAAGUUUGAUUUUGGGACGUGAAAUAAGUAGAUAGAUUUGGUUUUUUGAAGUGGAAGUUGUAGGAAUGGACUGAACUUUUCAUCUUGGUUCUGGCA